GUUUCCACCCGGGAGGGGCUGUGGGGCUGCAGCUCCGGCGUUCCGGGGUCCUAGCCUCGCGACUGCGGCUCGCUGGGAUGCUGCCGCGCGGGAAAAGCAUGGGCGACUCUGUGGGAGAGCGCGGUAGCCUCCGGCGCUACCCCAAGCUCCCAGUGUGGGUCGUGGAGGAUCACCAGGAGGUCCUGCCUUAUAUAUACCGGGCCAUUGGCUCAAAGCAUCUUCCUGCCAGUAACAUAAGUUUUCUGCAUUUUGAUUCACAUCCAGACCUCCUUAUUCCUGUGAAUAUGCCAGCUGACACAGUGUUUGACAAGGAAACACUUUUCGGAGAAUUAAGUAUUGAGAAUUGGAUUAUGCCUGCAGUUUAUGCUGGCCAUUUUUCUCAUGUGCUGUGGCUUCAUCCCACAUGGGCUCAGCAAAUCAGAGAGGGCCAACAUCACUUUUUAGUAGGCAGAGACACUUCUACCACAACAAUCAGGGUUACAAGUACAGAUCAUUACUUUCUAAGUGAUGGUCUUUAUGUAACUGAAGACCAGCUAGAGAACCAAAAACCUUUACAAUUGGAUGUAAUUAUGGUAAAACCUUAUAAACCCUGUAACAAUCAAGAAGAAAAUGAUGCCGUGUCUUCUGCUAAGAAGCCAAAGCUAGCACUGGAAGACGCAGAAAACACUGCCUCUACUAAGUGUGACUCUUAUUCAGAAGGACUGGAAAAGGACACAGUGACACAGAGGAGGGACCAAACUUGCCUAGAGCAACCAUGUUCAUGUUCUUGUGAAAGCCAAGAAUGUCAGACUACAGUCAGCACUGGGGAGAUUCUGGAAAUUUUGAAGAAAGGGGAUGCAUUUAUUUUAGAUAUUGACUUGGAUUUCUUUUCAGUCAAGAAUCCCUUCAAAGAAAUGUUCACUCAGGAAGAGUACAAAAUCUUACAAGAGCUGUACCAGUUUAAAAAACCUGGUACCAACCUGACAGAGGAAGACUUGGUAGAUUGUGUUGAUACUCGAAUUCAUCAGUUAGAAGAUUUAGAAGCUGCUUUUGCUGAUUUAUGUGAUGGUGAUGAUGAAGAAACUGUACAGAAAUGGGCUUCCAACCCUGGAAUGGAAUCACUAAUUCCACUUGUACAGAGUUUGAAAAAACGGAUGGAAGUACCAGACUAUGAAAUGGUUCACCAGGCUGGUCUAACCUGUGAUUACUCAGAACUUCCUCACCAUAUCAGCACAGAACAAGAAAUUGAGUAUCUUAUUCAGUCUGUAUAUUAUUUACUGAAAAAUUUACCAAAACCUACUCUUGUGACAAUUGCAAGGUCAAGUCUGGAUGAUUACUGUCCUUCUGAGCAAGUUGACACCAUUCAAGAAAAAGUCCUCAAUGUGCUACGCUCCCUCUAUGGGGCUGUAGACAUACAGCUGGUGUACUUAGCAGAAUGUUCUCCAUCUUGAAACAACAAAACACUAGGCUCCUAUUACAUCUUUUUUUUUUUUUUUAGGGUUUUCAUUAACUUAUUUGUAAAUGAGUCUUCCAGAAAAGACUUUGUUUUUAUAUUAACUUUAAGUUAAAAUCUUUCAGGUAUUUUGAAUCUCAAAACAGAUAUCAUCAGUUGUCAAAAGAUGAUAAUUUUUUUGACAUCAAGUCUACCCCCCACAAUUGAUUGUUGCUUAUUUUUCUUCCUUUCCAUCAUUGUCUUCUUCAUUUUGUAAGGGUUGGUUUUUUUCCUCUUUUCCCCCUACGUCAAUUGGACUAUACAAAAUUCAUUCAUUUAUUCACUCAACUGACAUUUAUUGAGCACUUACAUGUGCCAAACAUAAUUAAGUGCUGGGUGUAUGGUAAUGAACAGAAUAGACAGGUCCCCUGCCCUCUUACGGGACAGCUGAGAAACAAAUUAUGGAUUAUAAGAAGUAUUAUGAAGGAAAGAACAACCAUAAACACGUCUUAGGCAUGCUCUUAGUACUCAGGGUACCUAGCUGUAUAAGAAAGUAACAUUCUCAAAAGCUACUACCAAAAAAAUAAACUUGCCAGUCCAUGAAUAUCAGAAAAUCUACCUUUUCAAGACUGUCAGGGUUGUGGCCCAGCUGUUGCUGCAUAUUCUCACAUUGUUGGAGUGGAGGAGGUCUAUUUGAGUAAAGUCAACUAGCAAAAAUUUUCUUUGUUAAUCAGAAAAGCCCUGCAGGGUUUUUGGUGCCUCCAGAUUAUCAGUAUGGGCAUUGAUUAUCAUUAUAGUUCCUAAGUGCCACUUUAUUGGCAGUCUGGGUUGAUAAUUUCGUCAAGUAGACCAGCUUUUAGUGUAAAUGGAAAAAAGAGGGUGCCUGGGUGGCUCAGUCGUUAAGCGUCUGCCUUUGGCUCAGGUCAUGAUC